AUGCCUCCAUGUGAGCAUAAGCGAGGCAUCCAGGACGAGGCACGGGAGGCACCUGCAGGUGAUAGGGGCACCUGUUUCCUUCAUGGGGAGCCAGGCUCUGAAGCCCCAUCAUCACCUUCCUCGCCCAUAGCUAAUGAACCAAAAUACGAGAAGCGCUGGCUCGACACCCUGUCAGUUCCUCUGUCCAUGGCUCGCAUCUCAAGGUACAAAGCUGGAACAGAAAAGUCAAGGUCGACUGCAUUCGAGGUGCUGGCGCUGGACGGAGUCAGCACAGGGAUCCUUCAGUUUUACACAGCCCAGGACAGCGCCGACUGGCUGAGAGCAGUCUCGGCAAACAUCCGUGACCUGACGCUUCAAAACAUUGUGCACAUGGGGUGGGUGAACGAGAGACUCCAAGGUGCCGACUCCUCUCAGACCUUCGUCUGGCUCGCGGACAACUGCUGGUUGCAAGCAAACCUGUAUCUGGGUCUUCACGACUUUGACACAGAGGACCAGAGGCCGUGCUGCUUCAGUGUCAUGGUGGGCCACGGGAGGAGCCACCGCUUCAGUGUGGAGCUGGGCAGCGAGCUGGCCGCAUGGGAGAAGUCGUUCCAAAGAGCCACGUUCAUGGAAGUUCAGAGAAUGGGGGUCUGGCUCGCGGACAACUGCUGGUUGCAAGCAAACCUGUAUCUGGGUCUUCACGACUUUGACACAGAGGACCAGAGGCCGUGCUGCUUCAGUGUCAUGGUGGGCCACGGGAGGAGCCACCGCUUCAGUGUGGAGCUGGGCAGCGAGCUGGCCGCAUGGGAGAAGUCGUUCCAAAGAGCCACGUUCAUGGAAGUUCAGAGAAUGGGG